CAGGACCUUUUUUAGCAAUCAAAUUAAAGAAUUUUAAAUUUUGUAAGGAUAAAUGAAUAGGCUUAUACAAAGAAGACGUUAUAAUUCUUCUAGUUUAGUUUGUUAGUUAUGAACAGUUAAGCAGCACAAGAAUACAAUUCUUUUAGUUUGUUAGCGAAUCUGGAAAAGAGUAGAGUCAUCUGUCAAGCUCUGUUCACUUUGGUCCGACAUCCCUCACCUCUCCCCACCUGAGCUCUCUCUUUCCCUCCUCCGCUCUCGGAAACAGCUGCCUCCGCCGCCACCUCAACCAUUAAGGCUUCAAAUCUCCACCAGGCGGAGAACCUGUCAUGGACACGGGUGAUUGGAGAAUUCAAAUGCAGCCUGACUCACGGAAAAGAAUAGUCGACAAAAUAAUGGAGACAUUAAAGAGGCAUCUUCUGUUUUCUGGUCAGGAGGGAUUACAAGAACUCAAGAAAAUUGCUAUACGGCUUGAGGAAAAGAUUUAUACUACCGCCACCAAUCAGUUUGAUUAUUUGCGUAAAAUAUCUCUGAGAUGCUUUCGAUGGAGAUCAGGUCACAAAACGCCAUGCCCGCUGCCCCCAUGGAUCCAGAAGCAUCCCAUAGUAUGCCCCCUCAAGUUCAGAAUCAAGGGCUGUUUCUCCCUCUCCUAUCGUCCACAGAUCAGUCUCAAGCACGUCAGCAGUUGGUAUCACAGAACAUGCAUGCAGAAUUGCAUGGCAUCUAAUGGAGUUCAAAGUUAUGCUGGUUUACAAGCGGCACCGCCUCCUGUCUCUGGUGUAACCCAGACUAUCCCCAACACUGUUGUCCAGAAUCCUAACAUGCAGAGUAUCCCCGGUGUUUCACAGAACUCAGUGGGGAAUUCAAUGGGACAGGGGAUUCCCUCCACUAUGUUUGCUAAUUCUCAGAGACAAAUGCCAGCAUCCCUAGAUUCUACAGCACAGACUGGACAUGCAAAUGGCGCUGAUUGGCAAGAGGAGAUCUAUCAAAAGAUCAAAGUUAUGAAGAAGACUUAUUUCCCUGAAAUAAAUGAAAUGUACCAGAGAAUUGCUGCCAAGUUACAGCAGCAUUGCCUGUCACUGUAUCAUCUGCACUAAUCAUGCAUCGACACAGAAGAAUUGGAAUAGAAAC